ACAAGUGUUAGCAUGUUCAUUUCUGAUCGAAUUUUAAUCGAAAGCUUGCUACAGUGUAAUUUGAACCCCAAGGGGACAGAUUUUUUUUCACUAUUCCUUCCUACAACAGAAUGUGAUGUAUAAGACCUGUUUUAUUUUUUUUCAGUAUCAUCAAUAUUAUGACCAGUCAGGUGGUCUCCACAGGCAGGGAAUGCUGUGUUGCUUCAUGUUUCAACAAGGAAUAUCAGGUGGAUGGCACAAAGUCACAAAUACAUUUCUUCCACAUUCCAAAGGUCGUUCUCCAAACUAGAAAACUUAAGGAUGAAUGGUGUAACCUAAUUAAACGCAGAGAUGGGAAAGAUAAUUUUCAUAUGACUGAGUCCACUGUUAUUUGUUCUGAGCAUUUUAAUAAGGAAAGGGAUAUCAAAAUUUCUAUUGGUACAAAGAGAUGGAAUCUUCUUCCUGGUGUUCGACCUACAGUGUUUAGCUGGACCAAGCAAGUGACUCGACGAAAGCCACCAAUAAACAGGAUUCCGUUUAAGGUCAUUGAUGAAAACGAAAGUACUGGCUAUGGGGACACCACUCACCAUCCAAGUGGUGGCACUUUGUCGGAACAUCAUGAAGAGGAAUCUGGUGUUGGCAUUCAGACUGAACCGAUGUUGACUGUUGACACGGGAACACAGACAGAAUAG